AUGGCUUGGAUUACUGCUAAUGCUUAGAGAUAAAACAGCUGUAAUGUUAAUUGCGCAUUAUAAUGCACAGAAGCAAGAGAAAUAAAUUUCGAAGAUAUUGAUGGUUGUCUCUAAAUUUGCCGGUGCUUAUCUGAAUUCCAGUAUGAAAUAAUGCGCUAGAAACCUAGAGAUGAGACUGGAAAGUACAUUCCAAUUUAGAGAGAACAAAGAAUUACUGAAGUAUUGAAUGAUUUGGAGUAAGCAGAGGUGAACUUUCUUUGUCUGGAUCAUUGUAUCGACUACACUUAAUUUGCAUAAACAUGCUUCAAAAACUGUGAGGGUACUUUGACUAAGUUUAUGCUUGAUGGAGAAUACUAGAGAGUACUUACUACCGAUUUCAAGAUAAAUGAGCAGCAUACCGAAGGAAUUGUAUUCCUGGUUAUGUUCUAUGUACUCGGAGGUGUUAUAAUUGGAGGCACUCUCUUCUGGGUAUGCAAAGCCAUUAAAAAGAGCAUUAGACACAAAAAUUAGAAAAAUAAGCACAAGAGAGAUAAGAAGCGUAACAUUAAGAAGAAGAGAUUCGCCAGUGGCUAAGAAGAAAGUGGAGACUUUUUAGCCUAUAAUGACAAGCAUAGCUAAAUUCAACCCUUCCUUCCAAAAGUUUCAGUUCACUCAUUAGAUGCAUGA